AGUGUGUGUGCGUGUGUGUGUGAUGAGUGUGUGACGCUUCGGCGCUCCGGAGUGCGGCUUCUCUCGAAGAACAAUUAUAAAAUAUAGUUACUUUGGCGCGGACAAGUCGUCCUCCUUGGACCUGUGAGGGAUAAAACAAGAAACAAACUGAAGCCUGGAGACAUUUGUGGUUUUAUCGCGCAUAAUAAUCCAUAUCGUGCGCUCCUCUCGCGUGUUGCGCACUUAUUUUUUACAGGUUUUUAUUUAUUUUCUCUGCUGUUGUUGUUAUUCUGAUACAAAACCACUGCCGUGUCUGCAGAUGUCUCUGUGAACACUGGUGAGUGUCUCCUACGGAAGGAUUACUGGAGAAAAACCCAAGGCCGAUCUGGAGAUGAGGAACCAGAGGAAACAAGCCGGACUGUGCUUCAUGCCGGAUCGAUGGAAGACGUUGACCUGUGUGGGGUUUCUUCUGAUGAUAGCUGCGCAUUUCCCGAAUCCUGCAGCUGGUCAGCAGGGGUUCACGGUGAGCGUUACUCCGAAGCUCCUCCAGGCGAAGGAGCAGGAAAACGUCUCGCUGACGCUGCUUUUCCCCUCGGACCCCGACGGACCCCCUCCACCACUGUACGUGGACCUGAUGUGCCCCAAAACUGUGCGGAGUGUCUACAACUACGACAGUUAUCCUGAGGCCAGGGAGUACGUCCAUAACGACUACCGCGGCCGUCUGGAGUGUUUCAAGUUCCCCUCUGAAGGCCGGGUGGAGUGUUCCAUCGCUGACCUGAGGCUGAGCGACUCGGGCAGAUACGUCUUCAUCAUCGCUGCUGGUGAUAAAAGCAACUUCACCAGUUUUGAUCUCGUGGUUACAGGUGGGGAACUGGAGUUGCCAAGCCAGCCACCAAGCCAGCCACCAAGCCAGCCACCAAGCCAGCCACCAAGCCAGCCACCAAGCCAGCCACCAAGCCAGCCACCAAGCCGGAUGGGGGUUUAUGUAUGUGUGUGUUUGAUGACAGUGGUGAUCGUCGCUCUUUUAAUACGUUGUUUCACUUUUAAUCCUUCCCAUGAGGACAGUCAGUGUUAAAGGGUCCAGGUUUUCAGAUUUAGGUUUGGAAACCACACAUUUCUUCAAUCUGUAGACAUCAUGUAUAUAUAGUUAUGUUUCCACUUUUCAAAAACUACAUUGAAACUCUGAAUGUAGGGUUUUCAGCUGACAGAUCGCUACACAGUCUACCUCCGUUUGUUACAAGGCUGCUGUCAGCGGUCGCCAGUUCAAAUGCUGCCAGUUUCAAUGGCAUGAAAAGUGAAAUAUAUUAUUUCACUGUUUAGCCAGUCCAGUGAAUUUAAGCUAUUCAAUUCACUGAAGUGACCAGGCUUUAAUGUGGCAGCUACAAAAAAAGCUAACAAAUGAAAAGUGUAUUUUUUUGAAAAGCUGCCAUAUCAGAAAAGUGAGAAGUAUGAAAAGUUAUCAUACCUCACUGCCAGCACUUUAUUAGAUGGCGGACAGAUCAAAGUGAAAAUCUGCUGCUAUCGAGCUGUCUGAUUUUCAUAGAUGUGCCUGAGCUCAUCUAUACAAAAGCACUUUCAGGCCUCGUUCACACGACGACGACGAUCAACUGAAAACGACUCUUUUCUCUGCGUUUUGGUUUCACAAACGUUUUGUGUUCAGACGGCGACCUCUCAAAGACAAUGUUUACACACAAGGAAACACCAGAAAAAUGGAUGUCAGGCCACUAGUUGGUGUCACUGCUGAUCUCCAACACGACCACACAUCUACACACACUGAGAAGGAGACGAUGUAAACACUGAAGUGCCUUCAAACUGUCUUCCUUCCUCGUUCAGGGAUGUUGGACUAAGCUGGAGUUCAAAAGAACGGCACAACCAUCUCCUCCACUGUUAUUUUACCUGUUUACACAGAGAUGGUUCCAUCCUGGAAACAAAACCGUUGUCACUUUAACUCACAGCUAAAACGCAGAGAAAGUUUGCCGUUUUCACAAAAAAGUUGUCGUGUGAGCAGGUCCUCCAGGCUGUGUUCACACUUCGGGGUGGAGCUCACAAAAGAUGAAAGAAAUAAAAUAAAGCUAAAUAUUCCUCUGUAUUCUUACUGAUACAAAUAAGUGUUAAAAGAAUUGUGAGCUCUGAAGCCGUGUUGCAUUAUGGUAGAAAUGUAGCAGGAUGCGUGUUGGAGUGGGACUCUUAUCAGAACUCACCAACAGUUUCUCAUAUGAAAAAAGAACCAGCAACAGGAAUCACUUUGCUUCAAGGAGGCAGAGCUUCUGAAACCAGGGAUGUUCGAUGUUGUGUUUUUCACUCCAUGUCCAAUACGCCAAUAUUGGCCAACUCUUAAUUCUUAGUUCUCAUAUCUACUGAUGAAUAUGUGCAGAGUGUUUUCCCCAACACUAACUCUCAUUAUUCCACUGUGAUGCCUCUCUGAUGCCUGUAAACUUCUCAGGACCCCAUUUCGAACAAGCAUUAUUUAAUGGGGUUUUCAUUAUCGCCAUAAAAUCCGUUACCAGUGUUAGAUCAUCAUGUUAAAGGGACUGAAGUCAACUUUACAAAAUGUUCCUCAGUGCUGCCGCGAUAGGCGCUGUGGGGAACUGCAGCCAGCAGCCAAGCGGCACGGGAGCGUGCACCGUCUUCGUUUUUUUUUUGUUUUUUUGACUCGCGAGAUAACGCUGAUAAAGUCCUUUUUUCUUCGUGGUGGCACUUUUUUCGGGCUUUGAUUGGAUGCAGGUCGUUUGAUGGCUGCUGAAGAAUCCAUUUGUAUCCCUGCAGCAGGGUUUCUUGCAGGAACAAAGUUUGGAUGGGGGGAGCGA